AUGGCGAGCGAACCUCCACCGCCGUUUCACCAGCAGCAGCAGUAUCACCAGCCUCCAGCAUUUGCAACGCAGCCCGUAAACUUCAACGACUCGCACUCAGACUUUUUCCAGCGCGCACCCACAGACGGCAAUCCAACGGGUAUCCAGCACGAGGAGAGAAGGACGUACAACGAUAGAUCAAGCGUUCUCACUGGCUGGACCUCUGGCAUCACCGUCCCCUAUCACUCUGAGAAGCGCGACGAUGGCCAAACGCACGCCCAAGCCAUUGCAAACGAGUACAGCAAUCGAGCUUCACGCAUGGAGCCCUCCGCGACGUACAAUGCCAGUCCAAACGCCAGGCAUAGCCAGGCCCUCUCGGGCGGUGGCGACAGGAAGAGUGUCGGUCCCGACUCUGCAGGCCUGUCCUACAUCGACGAAAACUUUCGCUACUAUUCGUCACGAGGAACACCCGUUUCACACGACCAUCGACGAUUAGACUCGCCUACAGACGCACACGACGCACCCCUCGUCUCCAACGCCGCAGACAUGGACGGGAGCGGGCACAGACUGAGAGAUCUAGGCAAGUCGGUCAUUCUAGCUGCCCCGAGUUAUGCUAUGCAAUUUCCUAUGCCCCCAUACGACGCUAACCAACCCGCCGUUCCUCCAGAAUACGCCGAACCACCCAGCAACAAUAGAAAACUCAAUCUAUGGGGGAAACUUGUAGACAGAAAUCACGGAUCUUCGCUCGAACAACAAUUAGAGCGCCGCAAGCGGGGAAUCCAGCGACAACGCCGGCCCUAUGUCGUCUGGUUCUUGACAGUGGUCAUGCUUGCAGUAAUGAUCUACGAGAUUGUCGAAAAUAAACGAGUAACCGGCUCACCAUUCGCGUUCAAACCACAACUCAACCCGAUGAUCGGUCCAGCCAGUAUCGAGCUCAUAACGCUCGGUGCGCGCUUCCCACCAUGUAUGAAGUUUAUCCCGGACGUUCCACCGACCCUCUCCAUCGGCUGUGCCAAUGCGACCUCGACCACACUUACAUCGUCUACCAUAUGCACCAUUGAAGAUGUCUGUGGAUUUGGCGGCUUUGGUGUUACGGCAACGGGGGCGUCCAAGGAGCCCAAUCAAUGGUUCCGGUUCAUCACGCCCAUCUUCUUGCAUGCAGGAAUCAUACACUUUCUACUUAAUAUGUUUGCCCAGUGGGUGUUGAGCGGACAGGUGGAAAGAGAAAUGGGCUCCAUUGGAUUCUUCAUUCUGUACUUUGCGUGUGGCGUCUUUGGAAACAUUCUCGGAGGAAACUUUGCGCUCGUCGGUCAGCCUAGUGUUGGCGCGAGUGGUGCAAUCGUCGGCACUCUGGCUGUGCUUUGGGUGGAUUUGAUUGCUCAUUGGAGUAUCGAGUACAAGCCCGUGCAAAAGCUCAUUGGACAUAUCAUCAAUCUCGUUCUCGUCGUCGGAAUGGGAUACAUACCUGGUGUAGAUAAUUUCUCGCAUCUUGGAGGACUAUUGAUGGGCCUGAUUACUGGGAUCAUUCUCCUGCCUAUCAUUUCGACGACAAAAAGACACAAAAUGAUAGUUUGGGCCCUACGAAUAGCAAUGAUUCCACUUGCAAUCGUCCUCUUCGUCGUUCUCAUCCGCAACUUUUACACCGGUGACCCAUCAAAAGCGUGCUCGUGGUGUCGCUACCUUUCAUGCAUCCCAACCGCGAAUAAUAAUCGCUGCAGAGGCACCGGUCUCACCACAACUACAAUAAGCAACUAG